AUGUUAAAUCAACCGGGUGAAGUUUGCAUCUGGGGACCACGCUUCAGCCGGGAGUCAGGACGCAACCGCGAUCCGAUCCGGUCUUUAGCCACCGUGGAGGAAGUAACUAAGGAGGGGAAUUGUUGGAAGACGGAUAACGGCGCAAUCUGUGAGAUCCCGAAACACGCUGACAGAUCUCAGGGAUUCGUCGUACAAGCGGCCGAAACGUCGCAUCGAGCCGUCAAAAGCGGCUCUAACCGCUUCCAAGUAAACAAUUCUUGCCACUUAAAUAGGGAAUUUAAGCGCCCUGAUAAUGAUGAUCGCGAAUGUGCGAGGUUGCAGUCACCGCGCACAGACAAGCGAUCGGAUCUUACAGAAGGUUACAACAUGACGGCGCACGGCGGGCAAAUCCAGUGCCAUACGGUUGUGACUUGCCCAGAAGGACGCCAAAGCCCCUCCCGAUACCUUGCCAGUGCCACCAAGAGGGUGACACGGACAGCUAUCAAGGAGGAACAAAUCGCAAGCAUCGACGACAUAGUCGGCCAAGAGGGGACGGAUGAUGCCGCCUUCACGGACACAUCCUUCGCCAGUACUCUUACGCGCGAGUCGCUCAACGAACUGCAGAUGCAAACAGCCAUGUCACGAUGCUCUAAGAGGGCCCACAAAGCGGGGCAGAACAGGAAGCGUCGAAGUGACGCUGACCAGCGGCAGCAGUACACGCUGCUGCACUACAGCGUCCAUCAGCAGAUGGAGCUGCUCGACGAGCUGAUCGCCAGCCUCGGGCAGUGCUACCCGCGGUGGAAGCACAGGAGGUUCGGGCUGCAGCGGUUCUACUGCCACAAGUUCAACAUCCACCUCAACGCGGUGUCGAGGAACAACUACGUGAAGCUGUUGUCGAACAUGUGGGAGGGUUUUGAGAAGACCGGCAUAAACAGCUGGAGCAGCGGCAACAUCUGGCUGCAGCUGCUGACGCACGAGUACCAGGUGCACAGGGCGAAGCCGAACGAAAUAUCUGCGAACCGCGAGUACUCCAACAGCAAGCGCGUAGAGGAGGUGCUGCAGCAGUUGGACGAGAUAUCCAGCUGCUUCUGCAACGAGCGGUGCGCGAUGGACUUCAUGCGGCACUCCUCGUACUGGGGACCCACCGCGCAGACCACCGUCACGCUGGAGGAGGAGCCGGUCAAGGAACCCAUCGGCGAGUGCUUCGCAACUACGGACAACGUGAAGAAGGGUCAGAAUUCCUCAAAAGUAUUUGCGAUCGUUAGUUUUUACAAAGAAAGAGGGAUCAUACACAACUUCACGCGACCGUAUGAGCACGGCGUGCAGGUGACGCCGAUGCCGGGGUUCAGACGGUCGGUCGUCUGCCUGAGCUGUGGGCGAGUGUGCUGGUGUUCCUGCGAGCGGAAGCUGUUCAGGACCUAUCGCGAGCAGAAAAAGGUGGUUGAAUCAGACCGCGUGUCUGCCCCAACCGAGAGCGGCGAGUCGCCGUCUGAAAUUUACGACUACGGGUACGACGACGUCGCGAAGCAGUGUCGUGAAGGGGAGCCGCCGAACGAAGACGACGACGAAGAGCAGGAGGAAAUUACCGACAUACAUGAGUUCGUGAAUACCCUUCAGAACAAAAAACAAUCGCUACACCCUAACAUCGCCCAAACCGCCAUCACCGUGGCCAAUUCCAAGAAAUUGGACUGCGGCAUCAUACACUGCUACCACACGAGCGAGGUGGAAGAGGACCAAAGUGAACCCGCGUCGCCGUCCGAGCUGAAGCAGCAGCUGCUUCGUGCAACCGUGCUCCGAGGGAGCAUCGACGACAUCUUCGCCGCCAUAAAACCGCGCAUGGGCGACUUUACGCUCCCUGAAAACACACACGGAAUUUUCGAGGAGUGGCGGAAUGUACCGAUAUACAGGAGCUGGCGGAAAUGCUGGUGGCGACUUGUCGACAAGGACGCCAUCGACACCUCCGACGACGCGGUGCGACCGUUCGUGCUACGUGCACUCGAGCGGCUGGACGCGUUGGGAAACGUCAGGUUCAACCUGGAGUACGGCUACGUGGCAGUGGGCUAUCUACAGAAGCGGUCAAGGACGUGCAGCUAUUGGCGGCACUUCUACAUUGGCCAGCAUGGGCUUUGGCGGACCUUUAUCAAGGCGGCGGAGUACAACAUCAUGAUCAGCACGCUGCCACUUGAACUGCAGCUGGACCCUAAGUCCAUGCACUGGACGGUCUGCAAGUGCCACCAGGGGGACAUGUAUCGCAAAAGCUUUUCCACAGUGAAAAGGGGGCUCGUCCUGGGCUACGCCAUGGCAAUAUCCUGGUACGAGAACCUGCUGCAAGAGCUUAACGGGGCGUCAACGUCGUACUCGGAUUUUGAUGAAGAAUCAGAUGUCGGGUGUGACGAAUUUGAUGAGCAGUUCUUCCUCAAACAGGACUCCGCCAUCUACGAGGGCGUCAACACCGUGGAGCAGGCGUUCCUGUCAGCCAAGAGACGCAAGAUCGUGCUUUCAGGCGAUCGCGGAUUCGGGGCCAUGGGCAGGUCAGGGUCCCGAGCUGACACCGAUACCGUUGACCCGCGUGUCAUCGCCAGUGCGAAAGAGAAGCUCAUGCUCGACCACAACCUCUGGUACGCGGAUAUCAACAACCUGUUCCCGGAGACAAACAAGGAUGGCUUCGGCGACGUUGAGCCCGCAAAGGGUAUGACGCUGAGGAACCUGGUUACGCAGUAUUCGGAGCUCAGGGACUACUUCACGCUGUCCCUGAAACACCUGGACGAAUGCGUCUACACGCUGAAGAUGUGCGUCAACAACGCUCAGACCAAGGGCAACAUGGACCUCGUGGAGCCGAUACUGCGGCUAAACGACGACAAGAAGCUUGCCGACGUAAUACCGCAGGUCCCGAUGCAGUGGGUGACCUUUCACCAGGCCAACGACAGCUGGACGUGCGUGCUUGAGUGCUACGCCUGUAUAACCUGCGCUCCUCGCGCCUGCACGAAACAGAACUGCACCAAGUUCCAAAACGGAAAGGAGGUAAUAGAUCUGCUCCGCAAAAAGUUUGGCCCGUGCUCGGUAGAAUUCACUCGCCACCCGUUCCAAACGAGCGAGGGUGACUCUGCGGAACCCCCCACCGAAACCGAUGACUGUUGUGUCGUCGGCUUUUCGGCGCAGAAGUUCGGCUUUAAUGGCGCGAAGGCGCUGGCAACGGAGUUCCGGAAAAGGUUCAUUCAGAUCGUCUACUCAUCCAUGAAGUACGACGGGAGCUUCUCCGACGCCCUGCUGGGCAUGAUCGCGGAAGAGAUCGGCCUGCUGACCUCGACCGACGCGUACAUACUGCCCAACAAGGGCAACGAAGAGCAGCGGCAGAACCUCAUAGAAUCGCUCACCUGCGGAGUGUGCUCUACCUUCGGGGAUCGCAUGCAACACCGGAACGGCACCGUGCUGCUCAAGCAGCUGGUGAAGUCCAGCGUGCCAGGCAAACGGCUCUCUGAGGUGUUUGCGCUCGAACAGAUGGCCGAAGCGAUUCUGAUGGACUUCAAGAUCGACAUCAAGUUCUGCCCCGUGCACAUGGCGUGGGUGGUGUGGUGGCUCGACUGUAUGCAGCAGAAGCGGGUCAUGUUCUACCGCGUCGAGGACCUCAUCAACGUGAACAGCCUCGAGGAGGCGCUCGCGGAGCUCGAAAAGCACUGGAUGGACGCCGUGUCGGCGCACGUGGAGUACACGGUCGGGCACACCGCGGAGCGCUGUCAGCUGACCAUCAUGUACAGAUUCGAGGAGGCCUUCCACCACCUCACGGGGCUGCAAAAGAACUUGUACGACGCCUUUCACACCGCGUUCGCGAUGGCACUGCGCGCCAUCACGGACUCCAGGCAGGAGUUCAAGCUCAUCAAGCGGCUCUGGCAGAUCAACAAAAACGAGCCGGACGACCUGGUGGCGCGGGACGUGAACGCGCAGUCGUUCGCGCUCACCGACACUGUCGUUUUCCCCUUCGGGGCGUUACACGACGAGGGCACACCGCCGCUCUCCGACGCAGAGUAA